AUGACAUCUCCUUCUCAAAAACAAGCUCUCUACAAAGCUAUUAUUCUUGUUGGUGGCCCUUCAAGAGCAACACGUUUUAGGCCUUUAUCUCUAGAUGUUCCUAAACCUUUAUUUCCGGUUGCUGGAGCUCCAUUAAUUCAUCAUCAUUUGCAAGCAUUGUCUAAAGUCCAUGGGCUACGAGAAGUCUUGAUUGUGGGCUUUUUUGAAGACACAGUUUUCAAUAAGUUUAUUGAAGAGGCGUCCACUGAAUUUCCUCACAUUCAUAUCAAGUAUUUACGUGAAUAUCAAGCCAUGGGCACUGCAGGUGGUAUCUAUCAUUUUCGCGAUGAAAUUUUACAUGGAAAUCCUCAACAAUUCUUCGUAAUGCAUGUGGAUAUCGCUUGCUCAUUCCCUUUGAAUGAAAUGGUAGCUUUUCAUAUGAAGCAUCGAGGAUUAUGUACCAUGUUGAGUAAAAAGAUUGGGCAUGAACAAGCAAAAAAAUACGGUUGUCUUGUUGCUGAUCAAAAUACCAACCAAGUCCUUCAUUAUGUCGAGAAACCCGAUACUUUUGUUUCUGAUUUGAUUUCCUGCGGCGUAUACUUGUUUGAUGCCGCUGUUUUUACCGAGAUAAAGAAAGCUAUGGAUGCAAAGAAGGACUCCGAUGAGGAAAACGACCAUUAUUUCUUAUUCGGUAAUUCUGCCCAUCCUUCUAUCACUACACCUGGUUUGCCCAGUAAUGGAAAUGACGGCAGACUGAGUCUAGAAAGAGAUUUGUUGCGUCCUUUGUCAGAAUCAAGAAAGCUUUAUGCUUAUGUAACAGAAGGUUUCUGGAAGCAAAUCAAGACUGCAGGAUCUGCCGUUGCUGCCAGUGCUGCCUACUUAGAAUUACAAUACCAUGCUGAGUCAAAUAGAUUAGCACGUACUGAAGAUAAUGGACCCGAAAUAAUCGGAGCUGUAUAUAUUCAUCCAACAGCACAAGUGGACUCAACAGCAAAGCAUGCCAGUUGUAUUCUUCAUUCUGUCAUUGGUUGGAAUAGUAAAAUUGGUGCUUGGGCACGUGUUGAAGGUACAGCCGUGUCUGACCAUAACGAAGAAAUGAUGAAGAACGGCGUGAAGCUUCAGAAUAUUACUAUUUUGGGCAAAGAAGUAUCAGUGUUGGAUGAAACAAUUAUUCGCAAUUGCAUUGUUUUACCUCACAAGGAACUCAAAUCCUCUUAUCAUAGUGAAAUUUUAAUGUAA